AUGUAUUCAUAUCCUCCCGAGUAUCUGCUUCAUCCCGUGCCUGUGCUGGCUGUAUACGGUCUUUCAUCCUCAUCCAAUGCACCCAAUGAUACAAAACUAGUCGAUGUAGAUGAACCUGCAGCAAACUCAACUGAAAAGUCAUCUUCCGUCAAUGCAUCAUCACCAUCCACACGCUCUGGUUUAGCCAGUUCAUUGCUAUCGUUAUUCACGAGCAAGUCAGACUACAGUUUGUACGAAGCCUCUCGCUAUGUGUCUAGCAACCAGAUACCGCCACCCUUUCGAGUCAUUACCGUCUCCAAGGACUAUAUAUUACCACAAAAACCAUCACCAGCAGCACCUAAUCUACCACCACCUCAUUCACAUCUUUCGCCAUUGUCGCAUGAUUCACCCUUAUAUCCAGAGGGCGUCAUGACGCCAUUGUGGAUUAAAAAGCACCUGUAUUCACCCAGUGUUGUGGUUGGCUUUUACGACUUGUGGGAUUGGCAAACAGAGCCUGGCAAUCCGCCUCGACCUCAACGUGAAACAGGCCCUCUCGCUUCUCAGGUACUCAUUGAUCCCACUGAACGGGAGCAUGACACACAGUUAGCUAUCGAAAUCAAUGCGAGACGCAAGUACUUUCAAGAAAAAGGCAUCAAGUUUGCAGCCGUGAUUGUGCUCAAGCAACGCUAUACUGAUCCAUCGAUUGAAGAUAGACUGUCAGCUAUUCGAAAGCAAUGUGGAUUAGACGCCAGAAGCUCAUUCUUCACUAUUGCACCUGGAUCAGCUACCGAGAUUCAAGAAUUUGUCAAUAGUCUUUAUCGAGCACUGUACGAACCAGCCCUUCAUUUCUACAGCAACCGCCUCAAGAAGAUUCGCAAGAAAAAGUCAAAAUUACCCUCUCCUUCUCAAAUGCCUCGGACCACACCUGACUUGUCAUCCACAGAACCACAGCCAUUAUCGAUUAUAGGAUGGAUAUUGCGAUACGACAUCAAAGCAGCAUUUUUCCAGGAAACCAAACAAGAGAUAGACGGCGCAUUAAAGUCAUACGAGGCAGCAUAUGGUAUCAUUGCAGAGAUGCUUGCACCCACAUCCUCCAUCACAAUGGGUCAUGUCAAUUUGACAGUGCAUGGCAAGCGAUGGAAAGAAGCUCGAACACUCGCAGACUGCAUCAAUGUCAAGAUUUGCAAAUUUCAUCUGUUUAUGAACGAUCCAACUGCAGCCUUGAGUCAGUUGAAUGGCCAUUUGCACAUGUUUCAAUCAUAUUCACCGACAUGGGGCAUGGGCGAGCAUACAUUUGAGUACUGGGCAUGGCUGUCCAAGCAAUAUCGCAUUUUCGCUGAUAGCAUUGACGCAGCUAUUCAAGCAGGAUACAAAGUGCCUUUACCAACAGCCUACCUCACAUCAUCUGUAGGUGGAGGAACACCCAACAGCCCCAUUCUCGGAAAUACAGGUGGAGGAAUCACCAAUACCAGUGGAUGCAAUCCUGGAACCAUUCUUCAACAUCCUGGAUUCUACUAUCAUUUAGCAGCCAUGUGUUGUGCAGAGCGCAGACGACGAUUUUUGGAGAUUGAGCGAUCAGACGCCAAUUCAGACACCAAUCCAGCGCUUCAAAAUGAAAAGCUGGUGGAUCACUCGAGUUUGACCAUUGAGCUACUGACAAAGAGUUACGAGCAGUUCAAGAGAUACCGCAAUGGGCGCAUGACACUGUAUUUAGCAGCCGAGAUUGCUGGCACCUACUAUGAAACGGGUAAAUUUGAAAUGGCCAUCAAGUUUUUCGAGCGGAUUGGCAAGACCUAUCGCAAGGAAAAGUGGCACAUGGUACUCACCUCAAUUUUGAGAUGGUCAUUGCGUUGUGCUAAAGAGCUGGGAUCCUGGGAGAGAGCUGUCGAGUGUCUGGUGGAACUCAUGUCUGACGAUUUACCCAUGGCAGAAAACAAGCGAAACGACAUUCAAAAGGAACUGCUUGACAUUCUCCACGUGCAUCCAGCAGUCACUGCAGAGCAACAUGCACCACUCGUCAUUCAUAUGGACCAAAUCAAUGCAUUUCUCACUUGUCAAGUGCAAAUCAAGAACCAAACAAACUUUGUGGGCGCACCCGUAGAUUACCAAAUCAUCAUCAAGACCAACAGGAAAUCACCACCUGUGCCAUUCCGCUUCAAUGCAGUCAAAGUGAUGUUCAACAAUCCACAGUACAAUGUCAUUUUGAGAGAUAUUGGUGCUGAGCAAGAGCCAAGCAGUGUAGAGUUGAUUGACUUUUCAAAGGAUGUGAGCAAGAUAACAGAGGAAGGUCAACACAAGGACUGGCACACUGCCAAGGUAGAUUUGCAAGUCUUCAAGGGACAAACGAAAGCAUUGCAAGGGUCUGUGGUUCCUCAAGACUGUGGUGAACUCAAGAUAUUGGAUGUUUGCUUUGAUAUUAUCACCCCCCAAUGGCAAGUAGAAUUGAAAUACGCCUUGGACAAGAUGACAGAAGAACAACCUGCGUCCAGAAGAAAGUGGCUUGAAUCUUAUGCAGAUGGAAAGCCCAUUUACAAGAUUCUUGAUGGUCGAGGCCAUUUGUCAACAGCAACUGUCAUGCAGAAACCACCCAGCCUUGAUUUGAAAUUUGAACACGCAGCACCAGCACUUUUGGACGAGUUGUUCAAAUUGGAUGUGACCAUGACCAGUUCAGAAACAGAGACAGUGGAAGCAACACUUGUUGCAGAAAUCAAGAAUUCAGAGGGCAUUGUCAAUGAGGACUACAUCUCAUUCAGCAUAGACAACCACCAACAUGCCGCCCUGCAGGAAGCAGAUGUGGGACAGAUUGAGCCUGGACAGUCGAUUACGAAAUCAGUGUAUUUGCAUGGUGGCAAUGUCACAGGAUCCAGAUUGAUCACCAUUGCAGUCAAAUACUCUAUUGUCGGUAAAGGUGCUUUGCAGGCCGUCGAAAAGACAGAUUCGCUUCGUAUCCCAUUCAUUGCGCCGUUUGAUGCCAAUUAUGAAUUGUGUGCGCAGAGCGAAAAGCUGAAGAAAUCCAUUGCCCCUGAAUUGGAGAGAUCAGAGCGAUGGCUCCUGGUAGCUGCUCUUCGCUGUUUUUCUGCUUGGGAUUUGGACAUUAAACAUGUGCAAUUGGAGAAGGAGGAGACAUGUACGGCCAUGUGUACUGAGCUCUCGUUGAUCUCCAGCAUGGAUGAUUUUGACAAUCAAACAUGGAAAACGGGGCAUAUUUACAAUGCAAACUAUCUCUUUCAGUUGGCUACCAGUGAUUUAACAGAGGAACAAGCAGCUGUGCCAACUGGUAAGAUUGUCAUUGAAUGGAAGCGAUCGGGAGAUCAGAAUGAACACUACUACAAGUCUGUUCUCAGACUGCCUUCUAUUCAAUUCCAACAGCAAGACCUUGUUGUAUUAGCAGAUAUACCAUCUGAAAUCUAUCUCGGUGAACCCUUCACCCUCUCUUAUACCGUCUACAACCCCACAGAAUACUUGGCUGAAUACAAUGCCUCUAUUGAGAUCAGUGAAGCCUUUGUAUUCUCUGGCUACAAACAACUCAAGAGCCGUGUUUUACCUCUUUCCAGAGCUGUUUAUCAUUACACAUGUUAUCCCCUGUUGGCAGGCAAAGUCAAGCUGCCUCGACUCAAGGUGAUGGCAUCACAGCAACAAAGCGGAGAAAGACAAGUGCCAGUGGAAGUAGCAGGCAGUGGCAUUUCAAUUGCACUCGACAAUGAUUUACAACAAAAGCAAACAGGAAGCCCAUCGGACGUGGCGCCCACCCCUCUGCUGGCAUUUGUCAAUGCGAAAAGAAGGCUGUUGUGA